AAACGCUUAAGUAUAUGUUAAAUGAUGUAAUUAACUUUGUUGGAUUUUACUGAGUAAAGAAUAAUAUCUAAUACAAACUUGUGAAUAAAGCUUUCGGGAUAUGGAGAACCUCAUCUGCUUAUUCUUAAUUAUUGUAGCACUGGCAAGUAAAAUAGGACUAUCAAGUGGUCAUCAGUGUCCCAAAAAAAGUAACAAGAACUGUACAACUCAUGGCGAUUGUCCAUCCGGUCAAGCGUGUUUGGGAACCGAAGGAAAUUUGAUUUGCCGCGACUGUGAGUGCCAUCAAACUAGUCAAUGUCAUCUCCAAGGCAACAAUGUCAAAUGUAAUUGUACAAAUUCGGGCUACUCUGGACAUCAUUGCGAGUGCGAGAAGAAAAACCACAGUGAUAUUGUAUUCUGGCAUAGUCACUGUUUAAAGUAUUCGGAUGAAUUCCUUAUCCUUGACAAUGGUUUUUGGACCGGUGAUUGUUCAGGUGCAAUGAAAUUCUUUACUAUGAGUACAGCAUAUUGUUUCCAACAAUGUGUCGACAGACCAACAUGUUAUGUUGUUUUUUACGAAGGACAUUCCUCAAUUUGUAAUUUAUUUGUUUAUUCCACACCUCCAAUGCUCGGUGAUAUCAUGGAUAAAGUGGUAAGAUCUGCAUGGAAUUCGCGUUCUGAAGUACGCGUUCGAAAUUGUGUUGAAAGGGUGCUAGACGAAGACUGAACUCGUUUACAGUGUGACAUGUACUUAAAUAUAUCUUGAAGUUUUAUUUGUUAUCUAUACUGUAUGUUGUAAACGACUGAAUAAA